CUGAAUCUCACUAAUAAAAAGGUAUCCUGCAACGACUUAUUUGUCUCUUCAAAAGCUUCCUCAGAUCAAUAAUGGCUUCAGCUACCUCACCCAAACUGGUCCACGAUUUCUUCCCCUUUUUCCGCGUCUACGAGGACGGCCGCGUCGAAAGAGGAUUCAACCUCGUCUCCAAACCUCCAUCCGACAACCCAGACACCGGCGUUAGAUCCAGAGACGUCGUCAUCGUACCGGAGCUCAAUGUCUGGGCUCGCCUUUACCUCCCCAAAAUCACCGACGAGGACCGGAAAUUCCCCGUCCUCGUCUACAUCCACGGCGGCGCGUUCGCGAUCGAGUCCGCCUCCUCCUCCACCUACGACAACUAUCUCCACGCGUUGACGGCGAAAGCUAAUGUCCUCACCGUUUCAAUCGAUUACAGAUUGGCUCCAGAGCAUAAGCUCCCCGCCUGUUACGACGAUUCCUGGGCGGUUAUUCAGUGGGUCGCGUCACACGCUCAGGAAACCGGACCCGGAUCCGAUCCGUGGCUGAAAAGUCACGCGGAUCUCACCCGGGUUUUCCUGGCGGGCGACAGCGCAGGGGCCAAUAUUGCUCACAACAUGAUGGUGAAAGCGGGUGGGAGUGGGUUGAAGCCGGUGGGAAUGAUUCUGGCCCACCCGUAUUUUGGAAACGGGACGCUUGACAAGCUGUGGGAGUGCGUUAACCCGGAAUCGAAGGGUCCGGAGGACCCGAUGCAUAACCCGGGGGCUUCUCCGGAAAUUCUUUCCGGGCUGGUGUGCUCGAAAAUCAUGGUGGUUACUUCAGAGAAGGAUUUCAUCAGAGAAGGGGGGUUGAAAUAUUACGAGGCGCUGAAGAAGAGCGGGUGGGGAGGCAAACUGGAGCUCGUGGAUGUGGAAGGGGAAGCACACGUCUUCCAUGUGUUGAACCCGACUUGUGAGAAAGCGGGUUUAGUGAUGGACCCGGCCGUUUCAUUCCUCAAUAGCCUUUGAAUAGAUUCUAAUGCUCUGUAAUAAAUGGAUUGUGAGUAGUAAAUCUACAAGCUUUCAAGCUUUUCCUUUAAGUCUGCUAUUCUUGCUUUCUUGGAAAUUUGGGAUUUUUUAUACUCCAUAUAUAUUACAUGUAAAGAUUUAGCAUAAAAAAUGGGCAAAUUAUACCG